AUCAUAUACUUUUAUAAAUGUGACAAUAUUGUUGUUCUUGACACUUUUAUUAUUCCUCACUUAUUGUAAUGAAUAUUAUUAUUAUGAUGCCUUUUCUAAUACAAAAUUCAAUAAUAAUAUCAAAAUUGGCAUAAGCAUAAUUAAAAGAAUUAUAGCCGA